CUCCAGCUGCUCCAAUUCCUCUCUCCUUUGGAUUCUGAUAGUUUUUGGGAUGAGGGGAGGUGAGCUGAGUGAUCACACGUGUCCCAGCUCAGUCUCCCCUCUAGCCACCUCAGCCCCCACAACAUUUAUGGAGAGAAAUUAGCCAGUAAAACUUAAAGAACAAGAGAACUACUUUCAAACUGAGCUGGAAAAGAAUAUUUGGACAAUCUGUGAUUGUGAGAGUGGAUGAGUCUUCUAGCUAACCCUAUGAGCUUUGAAACCACAGCAAUCACUUUCUUCAUCAUCCUUCUAAUUUGCCUCAUUUGCAUCUUCCUUUUAUUGGUGGUUUUUUUAUAUAAAUGCGUCCAAAGUAAGAAAGAUGAAGAGACAGAAAAAGGUCCUUGUACAGAUGCAAAUGGAGGUGAAGAUUGUUUAGCUGCUAAUGUGGAGACAAACAAUUCAGGAGACAAAGACAAGACUCUAACAUCCAUGAGGCCUGGCAUUCUUGUUCAGAGACAGAGUAAAGAAGUGGUGGCCAUACCCUUUGAAAACAGAGAGGACGCAGAGGACGAAGAGGUGGCCAAAAUAAAACAGAAGCAAAAGCUUGAGAAUGCUAAAGAAAAUGGUCAAGAGGAUGUUGACUUGCAAAAAUCACCCAUACGGGUCACUGGAUCUCCUUCAGUUAUUGAAAACCACAAAAGACCUUUAAAAGGAGUGACAUUUUCUAGGGAGGUAAUUGUUGUGGACCUUGGGAAGGACCAUCCUGUAUCUCGAAGCUAUACUCGAAUACAUAAAGAGAGAAAAUGAAGCUCAAAAAAAGCUGAGAGAGAAAGAAACGUAACCUUAGACUCACAGCAAAAUGAUUGGGGGCACAGAAUCAUGUUGAACCAGCAAAAUAAUGGGGAAUUAAGCAAAUACAGAUAGUAUUUUACUUUUGUGCAGAAGUGGGCUACAUGCAAAAUUCUGUAAGUAAAACA